AACCAACAUACAAACAAACAGACAACUGACGAAAUUGUCAAUAAAAUCACGCAACUCUCCCCCCCUUUUUUCCUCACUCCUUUGUCCCUCCGUCCUCGUGCACUCCGCCACCCCUUCUCUUUCUCCAUUCCCAUUUCCAGAUCCAUUUUUUGAUGGCUUCCAUUACUGCUUCCUCUGUUUCCUUUUCUGCUUCUUGCCCUCUGAAGCAAAACCAGGUCUCAAAUUUGAAGAAGGUUUCGCUUUCUUUCAGUGGGAAGAGCUUCCCAUCUCUUAGGUUGCAGCCUUCACGUUUCCGCAUUGCCUGUGCAGCCAAACCAGAGACAGUGGAAAAAGUGUGUGAAAUUGUGAGGAAGCAACUUGCUCUCCCCGCCGAUUCUGCUGUAACUGGAGAGUCCAAGUUUGCAUCACUUGGUGCUGAUUCCCUUGACACGGUUGAGAUUGUCAUGGGACUCGAGGAAGAGUUUGGGAUCAGUGUGGAAGAAGAAAGUGCCCAGACCAUCACCACCGUUCAAGAAGCAGCUGAUAUGAUCGAGAACCUCAAGGCUAAGAAGGCUUGAAAAACUCGAGUGAAAAUUUAGGGGUGUAGAUUUUCCACCCUGGAAGUUGCUUAGCAUAUAUAUUUUUAUAAAGUUUCGUUUGCUUUCAUAAUGAUCCGUUCUAAGAUGUUGUCUUUACUCCUUUUGUUUCGUUCAAAGGAACUAGCUCGUUUCGUUCUUCGUUUUCUUCUGUCCUUUAUCAGAACAUAUUGAAGGAUUUAAUCUUAUCUCUUCUUUUUUCCCCUUUUCAUUUCUUUGAUGAACUCAUUUAUGGUAUUAUAAGAAUUCAUUUGGUUU